AUGACAGGCAACACUUCCAGUCCCCCGCCCUGCGACGGCGUAGAAACCUCCUUCCCACACCCUCACAUCCUCCUCCUCACCCUCUCCCGCCCCAAACAGAUGAACAGCAUCACGCACCUCAUGAACUGGCAAAUCGCCGCCCUCAUGGACUGGUACGACGCCGAACCCACCCUCCGCUGCGCCGUCAUCACCGGCUCCGGAUCGAAAGCCUUCUGCGCCGGUUCCGAUCUUCUCGAAAUCGAAUCCUCGCGCGAGGCUAAAUUGCAGGGUCUGGAGAUCACGAAAGCGGAACCCUGGCUGCAUGAGCAUCCGAAGGGUGGUUUCGCGGGGGUGAGUCGGAGGAGGGGCAAGAAGCCGCUGCUGUGUGCGGUGAAUGGCGUGGCGUUGGGGGGUGGGUUUGAGAUUGUGCUGAAUUCGUACGUUUCGUCCUUCUUUUCAUUUCAAAUCUUUUGUUGGAGAACAUUCCAUCGUCGUCGUCGUCUUCUUCCGAUUUCCAACUCUUCUGACGAUUGGGCCGUAUAUAGCGACAUCGCCAUCGCCUCUCCAAACGCACAAUUCGGCCUCCCGGAAGCAACGGUAGGAGUCUACGCGUACGGCGGCGGCCUCCCGCGCCUCGUGCGGAAUCUCGGCAUGCAGGCCGCCAGCGACAUCGCACUGACAGGCCGUCGGCUCUCGGCGAAGGAAGCACUGGAGAUGCGUCUCAUCCAAGGCAUUGCGAAAUCAUCGGAGAGCGUGUUGGAAGAGACGCUCGUGAAAGCGAGGCAGAUUGCCGCCAUCUCUCCGGACGGAAUUAUUGUUACGAGGGCUGCGCUGCGGGAGGCGUGGGAGACGGGUAGCGUGGAGAGGGCGUUUCAGAUUACGCACGAUGAGUAUUUUGAUAGGUUGAUGAUGGGGGAGAACAGUGCGGAGGGACUCUCUGCUUUUCGGGAGAAGCGGAAGCCCAAGUGGAGGGAGUCCAAAUUGUAA